AUGGAGACCAACAACGCAAUGGAGACCAUAGACACGGUGAUCAACGAGGUGCUGAGCGCGCUGGAGUAUCCGCAGCAAGUGUCAUCAACCGGCGACACCUACGACCUUUCGCACCUGAUCACCAAAUUCGGUCCGUUGCUAUCUCCCCAACCAGAAGACUCCUUCGUCGACUUACUGGAGUCAAUAAUCCAAGAAUCCUCAGCAUCUCCAGUAGUGUCCGAGCGUCCGAGCGUUGAAAGCAACCCAGUAUCACCCAAAAGGAGCUUCUGGUCUAAAUUGUUCUCCAAGAAGUCCCACGAUGGCGUGUCAUUACCAUCAGUUGGCUCCGGGAAUGAUUCAUCAGCUUCUGAGGCAGCGUUGAAGACCGCCGAGGUGGAGGUAGAAUCCCUAGAAGCUUCUGGCCCGGCGGAUUUGACGUGCUUGAGCGCGCUGAGCCGGGAACUCAACCGCAAGAUCUGCGUCUGGUCAUCCGGGAUGUCCUUGAAGCACGAGAGCGGAGCAGAAAGAUCUGGAGAGUCGCUGAAUGUCCAGUUCCACUCGCAGCCGGAGGAUGUCAUGGGCCACUGGAGUCUCCUUGGAGAUUCAGACCCGCAGGAAGCCGAGAGCGGGCUGAAUGACUGUCUGUUUAACGCCAUAGCAGCUCAGACCGGAAUCAGGCCUUCUGAGUUGAGGGAGGCGACCGUAGCGCGGAUGAAGACCAACAUCAGGAGCGUAGCACGCAGGAUCCAGGAAAUAGCGCGGCAGGAAGCUUGCGACAGGAUUGUCCUGAUGGUUGGGGGUGCCAGGUACGUCGGACGAGGUCCUGAAGACGCUGCUAGGAUCCUGGACAACUCCCAGAGGGGCCAGUCUCAUCCCAACAGGUACCCCGGACACCCCAGGGGUCAUGCGUCGAAUCCUGGAGCUACUGGACCCUUGGACAGCGCGGAGAACUAUUCACAAAAUCCAGACGCUGCUAAUUGCGACGACGCUCCUGAAGAUGACGUCGGCUACGACUCAGACACCCAGAGCGCCAGUAGCACAGUUCCAGCUGGAAAUCGCCUGCCUGUCCCGGAAAACCCUGAUGUUGGCUACGCAUCUGCAGGAUCUGCAGAAAACAGUCCAACUGAGCAGGGCGCAAGGUUUCCUACGAGAAAGAGGCUACCAGACGACGAUCCGCGCAAGUACUGGAAAGCGGGAUUCCUUUCUAUCAAGGAGCAGGACUAUUUCGCUCAUUUAGUGCUGAGUUCACCCGAGGCUCAGGAAGCUAUGAAGAAGUUGAAUGAGGGGACAGGUUCUGAGCUGGUUAGGGUCAAACCCGCGGCGUUGCCUUGCGAGGCUCCCAUGGGGGCUAAUUUCACUAACGGAUUCAUGGGAAGACCUAACCCUAUCUCUGAACUGGUCAUUAUUUUGAAGCAUCAUCUGAACAAGAAGAGUGAUCCUAAUCAUGAUGUCUUUGUGUUUACUUUCUACCCGCGGUUGAAGAAAUUGUUUAAGAAGCCCCGUCCGAGGAAGGAUAGGCUUACUAGGUUGGCAGAACGUGAAGCAGCAGCAGCAGCAGCAGCAGCAGGGAAUCAGGAAGCUGAACAGGGUGAGUCUUCAGUUCAGGAGUCUCAGGGGUCGCAGGUCUCAGGAAGAGAAGAAAGAGGUGGCCAUUCUUAUUCCAGUCGUGGGUCUUAUGACCAAAGAGGAAGAGGGUCUUAUGACCAAAGAGGCAGAGGAUCCUUUGAGCAGAGAGGUAGAGGAUCCUUUGACCAGAGAGGAAGGGGGUCCUUUGAUAGGGGCCGUGGAUCAUUUGACAGAGGGCGUGGAAGCUGGCGUGGAUAUCAAGGGCCUGAUAGAGGAGGUUAUCAGGGACCACCUAGUCAAAGGGACGGUUAUCAAGGACCGCCUAGUCAGAGGGGCGGUUAUCAAGGACCGCCUAGUCAGAGGGGCGGUUAUCAAGGACCACCUAGUCAGAGGGGCGGUUAUCAAGGAUCUGAUCAGAGGGGAAGCUAUCAAAGUCAGCAGAAUUGGCAAGGUUCGCAGGGCCCUGGUGGUCAACCUUUAAGGGUUGAUAGCCAGGAGUUUGUUCCUCGGAGUCAUCAAGGCUCACAGCAGAGCUGGAGAGGAUCACAACAAGGUCCUGGGCAGCCAUUGAGGCCAGAUAGUCAGGAGUUUGUUCCGCGGAGUCAUCAAGGCUCCCAGCAAAGUUGGCGCGGGUCUCAUGGAUCUGGGUAUGAUCCAAGAGGUCGAGGGUAUCGGGGACGAGGAUAUCAACAAUAA